GCUGCCGCCGUAAUGGCGUGCAGGAGAGGCUGCUGCUGCGGUGUGGUGAACGAGGAUAACGCGCGGUUUCUGAUGCUGGCGGUGCUGAUCGUGCUGUAUCUGCUGUGCGGUGCUGCGGUGUUCUCUGCGUUGGAGCAGCCGAAGGAGCUACAGGCAAACGAGCAGUGGGCGCAGCGCUUCGAGAGAUUCACCCAGAAGCACAGUCUUAACCGGACCGACUUGGAGACAUUUCUCCGGUUCUAUGAGGAGGCGAACAUCGCAGGUAUCCGUGUGGAUACACUGAGACCGCGCUGGGAUUUUACCGGCGCCCUUUACUUUGUUGGGACCGUGGUGUCGACCAUAGGAUUUGGCAUGACCACCCCAACCACGGUCAGUGGCAAAGUCUUCCUCAUCUUCUAUGGCCUGAUCGGCUGCGCCUCCACCAUCCUAUUCUUCAACCUCUUCCUGGAGCGCAUCAUCACCGUGCUCGCAUUCGUGCUCAAGUCAUGCCACGAUCUGAAGCGCCGGCGCCAGGGCAUCAUGCCCCACGAUGGCCCCAGGGGGGCGCCACCGCCAGGACCCAGAGAUAGAGGCAGGGACAGUCUGGCUGGAUGGAAGCCUUCUGUGUACUACGUGAUGCUGAUUCUUUGUGUAGCUGCUGUGGUGAUAUCCUGCUGUGCCUCGGCCAUGUACUCAGCGGUGGAGGGGUGGGGCUAUCUGGACUCGCUGUACUUCUGUUUUGUGGCGUUCAGCACCAUCGGGUUCGGGGACAUGGUAAGCAGCCAGAGGGUUACGUACGACGGGAACCAGACAGCCUACAGACUGGGGAACUUCCUGUUUAUAUUGAUGGGUGUCUGCUGUAUCUACUCGCUGUUCAACGUCAUAUCCAUUGUCAUCAAGCAGACACUCAACUGGCUGCUGAGAAAGCUGGACAUCUUCUCCUACCGAGGUUGCUGCCACUGCUGCCCCGCCGGGAUCGCGAAGAGAUUGCCCCCGCGCCGGAAUGCCGUGAUGCCCAGCGGCACUGGACAUGGACACUCUCGGGCGCGGCGAACUGUCUCUAUAGAAACGGACGCGUUGAACGAGAGUGAGACGGACGGAGGACGGCGGAUGUCAGGGGAGAUGAUCUCCAUUAGGGACUUUCUGGCAGCCAAUAAGGUGAACCUGGACCUGAUGCAGAAGCAGCUGUCGGAGGCAGCAACCAAUGGGAUCCCUCGGCCUUCCGUCUCCAACCAAAACAGACAGAAUGGUUUCUCUGGGGGAGUAGGGGCACUGGGCAUCAUGAACAACAGGCUGGCUGAGACCAGUGUGGAUAGAUGACUGAAUAUUACAGUCAUUAUUUAGGCUUUACUGCACACCAUACAGAGAAUGAUCAAAACAGAUACUACAUCUCUCAAAACCAUGUGAUUCGAGAGACAAAGUGGACAGCAGGUGCUCACUGAAGGAGGGAUUCCCAAGAACUGGUUUGGGUCAGGUCCAAAAGUUUUACAUAGGUCACAGUUGGAAAAGGUUUUGGAAUGGAACCAUUUGCUGUAGCCCAUUGAACGUGGUCCAUAGAGACACUGUACACUGUAGAGAAAACAACUACAAUGAGAAUAUCAGAAAACAUCCUAUGGAGCCUCAAAGAGCAGACCUCAUCAGAGCUUUUACAUAGCAUGAGAAUGACUCAUCGUUUAUCAGCAAUGUGUGGCACUCUUCGUUAUGCAUGGCAGCCAUUUUGUCCCAGAAUGUUCAGUGACCGUGACCCAUCAGCCAUUGUGGUGGAGAUGUUAGGGCUUAUGAUGCCAAACGGUCUUGUCCACGAUCAUGUUUGCCUUUCCCUUAUUGACACGUGUACAGUAUUUGUUAUUGACAGCUAUGGUGUUGUUUUGUAGGAGACAGAUCAUGCUUUUAUGCUUGAAUAGGUGCUCAGAAAUUGAAAUCAAUUGUCAAAUUCAUAAAGAUCUUGAUUGAGGAACUCCCCUUCACUCUGCCAUAAAAAAAUC